AACAGCAACUAUAAUCAAUGUUUGCCAAUUCAUCUAAUUAACAAUAAUAACAAUAAUAAAUUUAAAAUCAACAACAGCAGUUAAAUUUCCAAAAUUUUAGUCAAAUACCCAUGUAAUAAUCAUCCCCAAAUUUCCCAAUUUUAUCAUAACCUACUCAUACUAAUAAUAAUAUUUUUGGAGGACCUCCUCAAUAAUAGCCAUAAUAAUAGUUUUAUGCUUAACCCAAUUUAUAGCCUAGUUUAUUUGGAACAAAUAAUACAGGAAAUUAUAAUUAACCAAUUAUUAAUUUUCAAGAUGAUGAAAUGAUAGAGCCUAAAAAAGAAGAUGCUAAAUAAAUUGCUAAUUAUGAUUUAAAUGAAAAACUUUCAUUCGAAGUAAAAACCUUAUACAAAAUGGGGAAAUUGAUAAACAGUAGAACAUAAUACUUACCUGGAAUUGUAAGUAUAAAAGCAUAAGAUUAAAUUAUUACUAAAAAUCCUGAAAAUUAAAGGGUUGGAGUAGAUUUGGUAUAUAAUAAUUCAAUUUAUGUUAGAUUUGUUUAAUUGAUAAAAGUGGAAGUAUGGAUGGAUAGAAGAUAGCAAUGGUUAAGCAAACUUUAAGCGUCUUACUUGAUUUUCUAAGUGAUUGUGAUCGAUAUUAACUUAUCACAUUUGAGUCUUCAGCCUAAAGACUAACACCAUUAAAACGAGUAACAGAUGGAAAUAAACAAUACUUUAAAUAAAUAAUAUCAUAAAUUUAUUCAGGCGGUGGAACAACUAUUGGUUCAGCUACUGAUUUAGCCUUUAAAUAAUUAAAAGAAAGAAAAUAUAGAAAUAACGUCACAUCUAUAUUCUUGCUUUCAGAUGGCCAAGAUGGUAAUGCAGUUUAAAGGAUAUAGGAGCAAAUAAAAACAGUUUAGGAAGUAUUUACUUUACAUACAUUUGGUUUUGGUUAAGAUCAUGAUGCUCCUAUGAUGACUUAAAUUUGUAAUUUAAAGAGUGGAAGUUUCUAUUUUGUUUAGGAUGUAACAUUAUUGGAUGAAUUCUUUGCAGAUGCUUUGGGAGGACUUAUUUCAGUUGUUGGUGAAUAAUUAGAAAUAACUAUUACUUCUUAAGCACCUCCUCCCUAUUAAAAUAUUUAAAUAUCUAAAACUUAUGGUAAUAUGUGGCAAAAGAAAGGAAAUCAAUAUUAUAUUACUCAACCUUAAUUUGCUUCAGGAUCAAGAAAAGAUUAUGUUUUUGAACUAGCUCUUCCUAAGUUUGAGGCAAAAAUUGAGGAUUUCCAAAGAAAUGUCAAAGUUAUAGAUGCAGAAUUAAAAAUCAAAGAUCCAGUUAAUGGAACAGUUAUUACUAAAUAAACCAGUCUCACAUUAACAUUUUUUAAUGAAGAUGAAUUAAUUAAUUAAAAUGAAGCUGAUCUUGAUGUUUAUGCAUAGUAUUUCAGAGUCAAAGGAACAGAAGUGAUUGAUGAAGCAAGAAAAGCUUGUGAAUAAAAUAAGAACGAGGAUGCCUAAAAAUUAAUUGAUAAUAUGUUGAUACAAAUUUAAAAGAAUCCAAAUGUUGCUGCUUAAUGUACUGGAAUUAUUUAAGAUUUGCAAUAGGCAAAAUAGGCAUCUGCAAGAACAUCAUAUAGUUUAUUUGGACAGAAACAAAUGUGUCAAAUGGUCAGUAAUAAUUAUCAAUAGGGAGGAGUCAAUUCUUUGUUUUCUGCCUAAGGAAUGCAAUUAUAAUAAGUUUAACCAGCUGCAUACUAGAAUGUUUAAUAAUAAUAGAUGAUGUUUUAAGUGCAAUCCUCAAAGGCACCCUAGAAAUUUAAUUGA